CGACCUCACCUGUCCCGCAGUGGAACUCAUCGUCUGCAGAGAUGUUGUCUCUCCUGCUUACUUCUUUUCUCGCACUCGCUGCCGAGUCUUCAGCGGCGACAUGCUCAUCAAAGGCACUGGAAGCAGCGGGGAAGCCUGCCGACUUAGAAGGUGUCAAGAUCGAAGAGGUGAUCGCAGAGACUGUGAAAGGAUGGGUCGAAGAGCCAGUCCCGAUGCCAAGAGCUCUGCCUCUGUUGCCAGCCGAAGCAAAGCCUUUGGACUUUUGCAAUGUCACCAUUCUCUACUCACAUCCUGGCGUUGAUGGCCAAGUUCGUGUGAACGUUUGGUUGCCCGAAGAGAAAGAGUGGAACGGAAGGUACUUGGGACAAGGAGGAAGUGGACAUGCAGCGGGUAUUCCUGACGCACUUGGCCCGGCGGUGUCGAUGGGCUAUGCUGCAGCCAACACAGACGGCGGCCAUAGCAACGAAGGCGAUGUUUUCCGCACUGCGCUCGAUUCAACCUGGUGGGGCGUUAAAAGCCCCGGCAACGUAAACUACGACUUACUGCAGCUGUAUGGCUGGCGCUCUGUGGGAGAACUCGGGAUGCUUGCCAAGCAUGUGAUUGAGCACUACUAUGGCAAGAAAAUCAAAUACUCUUAUUGGAACGGAUGCAGCACAGGCGGACGUCAGGGCAUGAUCCUGGCCCAACGCUACCCAAAGCUGUACCAAGGCAUUAUUUCCACCGCACCUUCAUUCAACUGGGUAACCUUCUUGGUGACUGAGUUCUACCCUCAUGUCGUUAUGAAGAGACUGAACUACUACCCGGCUCCGUGCGAGCUCGAUGCUAUCACGGCCGCAGCUGUCGACGCUUGCGAUGAGAUCGAUGGCGUCAAGGAUGGUAUCGUCUCUGCUCCGGGUCAAUGCAAGUUCGAUCCCAAAUCAGUGGUUGGGCAGAAGUACACCUGCGGCACCGAUACCCGCAAGAUCACAAAGCAGGCUGCCGAGGUCGCCUCCUAUGCUUGGAGUGGUCCUAUUGAUCCAGAAAGUGGCAAGCGAGUGUGGUUUGGAACUACCCCAGACGCAUCUAUGUCAGGCAUCGACCCUGUUUUUGGCGGCCUUGCUACAACGAAGUGUGAUGAAAAUUCGAAGAACUGCAAGUCUUCGCCAUUUGGCAUCUCCGCAGACUGGAUCAAGACAUGGGUGAUGAAGAACCCUGACUUCGACCUGGCAACUGUCGACGACGAGCAAUUCUUCGAUGAGCUGCUUGUCAAGAGCUAUCAAGAAUACCACUCAUCGAUCAACUCGGCCGAUGCUGAUCUGCGACGAUUCCGAAAGGCGGGUGGAAAGCUGUUGGGCUGGCACGGUCUGCAGGAUCAAUUGAUCCCACCAAACGGCACGUCGAGCUACCACGACCGCGUGAAAGCAAUUGUUGGGCCGAGGAUCAAUGAUUUCUAUCGACACUUCGAGGCUCCUGGCAUUGCCCACUGCAUUGGAGGACCAGGAGCUUAUCCUCUGACGGCCUUCUUAGAUCUUGUCAAGUGGGUCGAGAAAGGCGAAGCUCCAGACCACAUUCUGGCACAGAACUUGCCCUUCCCAGGACAAGAUAUGAGCACGUUCAAACAAUUCACCCGGAAACUGUGUCCAUACCCCAAGGUCGCUGCUUUCACUGGAGGAGACGAGAACGAUGCUGCCAAUUUCGAAUGCAAGGAUAAUUUCGAGGCGAGCGUAAAAGUGAAGGACGAGUUGUAGUAUGGUGUCGCACCGUUGAAAAAUUUAUGAGGAGAAGUCUCCGGACGACCGGAAGGAAUCGAAGUGGUACAAAAUCAUCGACAAAUGUAUGUAUUACUGCUGGCGAGUUCCUUCUCUCCCCUGCAC